AUGUCUCAGCUUGCUACUAUGUCUUCUCCGGCCACUCUUGUCAAUCUGCCAGGUGAGCUGCAACUCAUGAUCAUGGAGCGUGCACUUCCCUAUGAUCUCGAGUCCCUCGCUCUCACGUGCAAGCAACUUCAUGCGGUUGCCCUCCCACGUCUACCGGGACAUAAUGCUCUGCGACAAAAGUACCGGCGCUUUCAUUUCACCGACUCGUACAAUCAGCGGGAGAAGAAGGACAUCACUGAGACAGUGACGGAGCUCUUACUGGAUAUUGCAGCGAACCCAUUCAUCGCCCACUAUAUCGUUCACGGUGACUUCGGCGACCGGGUCUGCACUGAUGAGAUCCGACAAAGUCCUUCCAGCUACCGGGGUGCUGUACUGCAGCGCCUGGAGAAAGAACAGGACAACUUAAGGGCUCUUGUUAAAAAUUCGCGCCACCUCGCGAUGCUGGGCUUGGACACCGGUGUCUGGUUCGACAAUAUUUUUGCUGAUAGGGACGAGUAUGAUGAACUCGUGGAUUACCCGCUUGCAUUCCUGCUCAGCCUGCUUCCUAAUCUUGAGUCUCUUACUCUCCCAAAAGAAUGGCGGCCCAACUCAGUGUUCAGUUUACCGGACGACUGGGAGCCUGUUAACGACAUUCAAAAAGGCGUUCAAGACCUUAUCAAUCUACUGGUCACUCGUGCAAAUGACAUCGAGAAAGUUGUGGGAGACCAGCCUUUGCGUAAACUCCAUAGCCUGCAUCCCACCAAGAAUGUUGACACCCAGUUCGGAACGAAUAUCGUUACAAUCGCACCAUUUCUAGCUCUUGAUUCUUUGCGUGAGGUUCACCACGACUCAGCGGUGUGCAAUCAGAUUGGGUAUAUUCUAACGAAGAACCGUAAGGGAGGAUCUUCUAAGACGGUGCUUGAUUUCCAAGCCAAAGGCAAAUACCAAGUGCUCGGUAGGAACCUAGAAACUGCUGUUUUCCAAGAUACCGUGAUCAGUGGCGAAGCAUGCGGAGCAUUAAUCAGGCAUAUGCAUAAACUGAAAGUGCUUGACGUGGAAUACAACAUGAAGGAUGAAAUUGGUUAUGACUGGGAGCCUGAGGUGUUUCUCUCCGGCCUAAUGAGUCUAGGCAAGACCCUUGAAAGCCUUAGCCUCACAGCUAACAAUCUUGGCCCUGACCACGGGCGUAUAUUUCUCCCGGAAGGAGAUGUAAUGGGUUUACAAAGCUUUGAGGUACUUACUUACCUAAAAUUGGAUACGAAGCUCUUUAUUCAUAGCAGGGCUGUCGUCAACAACUGCGCUGCCGAGCCAACAGACGAAGACGACAUUGAGACCCCCUCGUUGAUAAAUAUUGCGCCUCGUAAACUGAGGACAUUCGUGUUGCAUGUUCCAGCCACCCAAGAGGAUUACGUCGUGAUGGAGUGUCUGUUUGUUGACCUCAGUGAGCGACGAAAGGAGUUGCCAGAUCUGAAAACAAUCAAAGUCGUCAUCGAGAAGCAGGAUGUCUGGGGCGAUGAUCUCGAAGACUGGAAUGAGCACGCCGAGAAGAUCAAAGCUUUUUGCGAGGAGAAGGAUAUCACAGUUGGCAUGCUAUAG